AUGGAACGGCCACUAAGCACCGAGAAACAUCCUGGCAAUGCGUCCCCAGAAGCAGCACCUAUCCGAGAGCAACCAUCCGCCGACUACGAAGGACAACCCUCGACCUCGUACGAAGAAACAGAAAAGACCCGAUGGGAACGUCUAUGGCCAGUCAUUGCUUGCGGUGCUGGUCUCUUCAGUGAUGGAUACCUGAACGGUGUGAUUGGUUUUGUCUCUACAAUGCUUGGAAAGAUUUAUCCUACCUCCUAUGCUACUUCCCCUGCCCAACGCAACGUCUCGUCUAUCACUUUUGCUGGCACCGUGGUCGGUAUGCUCAUUUUCGGCUACACCUCCGACCACUACUCUCGCAAGUGGAGUCUGUUCGCCAGUACCGUCAUCUUGAUUCUCUUUGCCGCUCUUAGCGCAGGCAGUUAUGGAGCUGGCGGUAGUAGCUCUGGUCUCUUCGCUGCCUUGACUGCAUGGCGUUUCUUGCUGGGUAUUGGUAUUGGCGGUGAAUACCCAGCAGGAAGUGUGGGCUGUGCCGAAAGCACUGGAGAACUCAAAAGUGGAACCAGAAACAGAUGGUUCAUUCUGUUUACUAAUGUGCAGAUUGAUAUCGGUUUUGUGGUUUCCGCGUUGGUGCCUAUGAUUGUGGUUCUCUGUACUGGAGAAGACCACCUCCGCGCCGCCUGGCGCAUCUGCUUAGGUCUCGGUGUCAUUCCACCUCUGUCCCUCCUAUACCUCCGUCUCAAACUCAACGAACCUGAAGCCUACCGCCGCGAAACAAUGGCAAAAGCAAAAACACCAUGGCUCUUGGUUCUAAAGUUCUACUGGUGGCGACUAACCAUCGUCUCCUUAAUCUGGUUCAUCUACGACUUCUCAGGCUACUCCUUCUCCCUCUUCAGCUCGACCAUCAUCGACAACCUCCUCGGCGAAACCGCUCCCCUUUGGAAAUCAUUCGGCUGGACCACCCUAAUCUACCUCUUCUACCUCCCCGGCUGCAUCGGCGGCUCCUUCGUCAGCGACUGGCUAGGUCCCAAAUUGACCCUGGGCAUCGGCGUCCUGGCCCAAGGAAUCGUGGGCUUCAUCAUGGCAGGCGUAUACAGCUACCUCGCCCACCCUUCCAACGUCGCCGGCUUCGUAAUCGUCUACGGCGUCUUCCUCGCCCUGGGCGAAUUCGGCCCUGGCGACAACAUCGGCCUCAUCGCCUCCAAAUCCUGCGCUACCGCCGUCAGAGGCCAAUAUUACGGUAUCGCCGCCGCAAUCGGCAAAAUCGGUGCUUUUGUGGGUGAUCAGGUGCUCGCUAUUCUCUAUAAUCGCUACAAGGAUACAGACCCCAUCAAAGCGGGUCAGUAUCCGUUCUUUGUCAGUUCGGCGCUUUGUAUCUUGUCUGCGGGGAUUGCGUUUUUCUUGUUGCCGCAUAUUGGGCAGGAUACUAUUGAUGAGGAAGAUAGAAAGUUUAGAGCGUAUCUAGUGGAGAACGGGUAUGAUGUUACGCAGAUGGGCGUGCAGAGGGAGAGUGCUGAGCAUAUUGUUGGACAGGGUGAAGGUAGGGAGAAUAGUGAGGUUGUUGGAAGUGUGGCUAAGGCAUGA